AUCAUAUUUAAAUUAAGUAUGUGGGGUUCUUCGGUAGCGUAAUUUCGAAGUUUAACAUCAAGGUGGUGCUCGCUCACCGGCCAUUCCUCGGUCGGAUGUGCUCUGCGUACAAACAGCACCUCAGUACACACAGAUCCCACGAAAUCGGCGUGUCGUUCGCCGAAUACUAUGGGAAGGCAUCCCGAUCAGGGACAGAUGGCGCAGGAUUGUGCGGGUACGCCGCCAGACCAUACUCAAGGAUUUGGCCGUGACAGCGUUUUCAUAUUAGAUUUUCUGGGGGCACAGAACGACGGCGACAUUGUGAAUAUGCUGCUGUCUGCCGUUGGUUUACCGACUUUCGAGGAGCCUCUCGAACAAGUCCGCGUCUGGCCAGGAUUGACUUCCGACGAGGCCGUUGAUUUCCAAAUGUGGCACUUACUCGGGAAAUACAUGCAUGAGUAUCACCACUGCAAAUUGAAGGCGCCGCCGAAGCAAGAGCUCGCGCACAAGGUGGAUGCGAUGGUCAAGCACCGCGCCAUCCCGAAGAAGUGUUUGGACAUGGAGCCGAUGAAGAAAUACGCACUCAAAAUUGAUGCCAAUUUCCGAGUUGCGUUUGGAGACCGCAUCUUGCACUCCCGCCCAGAUUUGUCAGAUAAUGAGACUACACAUGUCAAGCAGAUCUGCGAGCUAGACCACCAGAUUGUCAGGAUGGACUGGAAUGAUUCGUUCGAGAAGCACGCCGAAGCUCUUUUGAGCAACUCAUGCCAGAAGCAGUAGAACCGGCGACCAGAUCGAGUUGAAGCAGACGAGCUCAGGCCGCCGACCCCGCCGCGCGGCCCUUCGACUCGCUGACCCUGGUUCAGUACGAGCGCGACUUGAAGGUAGCCUACAGGCCUUGGGCUAUGACAAGCUCAAAAUCACACCGUGCGCGGUGCGGCACGCGGUCCCUUCUCACGACAUCCACCAUGGACACCGCAAUUUAUCGGUUGGAGCCGGGCCAGAUCGGAAGGAUGAUUACCUCGGUCCGUAGUUUUCCAGUUGAUUUGUUGAAGUGCAUUCGUGGACGUUGGUUGGUUUCGCCCGCCCUCGGAUCACCCAAAACAUGGUCGAUCUGAGCUCCGUUUCUUUCGUGACGUCGCUUAAGAGUACCCAUAUGGGAAUCCGUAUGGGCAGAGGCCGAGCUCGGUGAGAGUGCUUUUUCAGGACGAAGUCUUGUGUGGCACUGAUUCUUCGGACGAGUGAUAUUGGCUGGACAGUCUGGUCAUCGUGAAAAUGUGAUUGUGUUGCCAACCUUAGCGGAGCAUCUCGGCCUUUCUCCGCUGGCUUCGCUGUGGGCAGGCUCUUUGGAGGCUGCGGGCAUGCACUUAGGAUCCGAG